CUCACUGCUUUCUCACUGAUUGUUUGUUACUUUACUUUGUUUAUUUUGUUUACCAUUAUUUUGCUAUUUACCUGUUCUUACCUGUCAAAACGUGCGCAUUCCUUAUUGUUACUGUUUAUUCAUUUUGUUGUUUCAUUAUUUUCUUCAUUAAUUUUGCUUUUCUUUUCAAUUCUACCUUUUCUGCUCUCGCCUGUUUUACAAUUUUCACCAACAUUUGCAUUUACAUUUCAAUUUACUUGCAGACUUCAAUUUGAUUAACUUGCAACUAAAUAAUUGGUUGCCAUCAGUUUACCCAGUAAACUCACGUUCACCAUCUAAUCUCAUCAUUACAAUGGUGUCUCAUGUUUACCCAUUAAUUUGGUCAACAAUUUUCAGUUUAAUCACAGUAACACCAACCUUUGGAUUAUUGACAAAUUCAUUGUACGACGAUGAACCUUUAUCAUUCACCGAUUUCCAGAGUUUCCCAUCUUUUAACCAUUUCACAUCAAUUGACCAAGAUGAGAUGAUGCCAAUGGACUCAAUCUGGUCACCAGGCCAUCAAAGUGUCGACUUUCAAUCGCCCUUUUCAUCAUCUCUUCACAAUCACCAUCUAAACCCAUUCAUGAUGACUAGAAAUUCAAUUGGUCCAAUGCAUCAUCCUUCAUUGUUAGAUACUGAACCUUCAAUGUCAACUGGAAGUUAUUCACGAUCCAAUCGAAUUGGCUUUGGUUAUUCAGCCAAGGGUAAAAGUCGAUCAGAGAUUCCAGAGGAUGUCAUUGAUGGUAUUGUGGCCAAAGUGUUGGUCGAUGAAAAGUUGAAUCCCAUUUUUAAUCCUCGAAGAAGUAAACCUUUUCGCCAAGGUUCACGAUCUGGUUAUAAAAAGAUGAACGGCAAUGGAUAUAAAACAGCAAAUGUUAACAACCAGAGAAACGGAAAACUUUACAUGGGCGAUUCGAGUAAAAAAGGUCGACCUUUAGACAGUGGAUUACAAGAUCUUUCUCGUUAUGUCAAGUCAUUACGCACUGUUGCCUGGGAUGAUGAGAGACUUGAGAAGGAUGAUGGAUCACCUUCUUCACCUUCCUCAUCCUAUGGAGAUGGUGAACCUAACGGAAGUCUAACCAAUUAUGGGCCAGUUUUCAAGACCAAAUACGCCAAAAGUGACGGUUCUUACAAUGUUUAUGGAUUCUUAGUGCCAAUGGGAAGCAAAUUGAACAACAAUAAAAACAAUGGCAACUCCAAUGGUGAAUCUGACAAAGUGCAAUAUAAUGAAACACCAAGUGCUUAUGGCCGUAAAAUUGGUCCCCAUAAACCUUGCGAUUCACCUCAUUCAUGAAAAGACCAACAUUUUUCAUUUUAAACUCGUCAUUAUAAUACAAUCCAAGUUGCAGUUUGUAACCUUUCCAUUCAACAUCUGUACAUGUAAACUUGAAUCAUGAAAAUGUAAAGAAACGCAAAUAAAAUCAAGUGGAAAGCCAACAAGUUGAUCAAGAUUAACUUGAUCUAGUUAAGAUUAAUGGUUUAUUGGCAAAUAAAUGAAUCUCCUCAUCUCCUCCUUUUCAUCAUCAUCAUGUCAUCCUGAAGCAACCUAAAUAACACUUAAACACAGUUAACUGACAUCACCCUCAGCAUCCUCAUGACUAAAUCACAGGUUGAUAGACAAUGAAUUUCAUUCAUUUCACAGUAAAGUUGAUUGUUUAUCAUCACAAUUUAACAACAUUACGAGUCUGGUAAAAGUUGAAAAAUGUUGAAAUAGUUAAUCAAAAGAAGUUGAAAAAUCUGCAAAAUUUUGGAUUAAAGCCAUUCGCCAAUUUAACAAGCAAAUGAA